CCCUGAUUGCUCACUUUGGCCUGACGGCCAGCUCUAGGAAGAAUCUUGGUGGUUCCACUAUGUUCUUGGGGACUUUCAAUGCUGCAGACAUUUUUUGGAUGCACCUGAGCUCAAUUUCGGGUUUCAUAGCAAAGCGUCUAAAUAGGUGUGCGCUGAAAAACCUUAUCCUGCCGAGUCCUUACUGUCGGGGUUGGGGAGUUCUACCAGCGAGUAAAAGUUAUAUCCCUGAGUUCGCAUUUUUUCUCCUCCUUGGACAUCGAUGCACUGGAUACAGUACCAUAUCAGGGAUCCCUGGUGUGAGAGAACGUACUCUUAUUGCAGUGAAACCAGAUGGGGUCCAGCGCCGCCUUGUGGGACAGAUAAUGCAACGCUUUGAGCAGAGAGGCUUCAAACUGGUGGGCAUGAAGAUGCUGCAGGUGUGGGAGGGUCAUAAUGUGGUCCGGACAUCUCGGAUCAUGGUAGGAGACACCAACCCAGCUGAGGCCCAAGCAGGCACUGUCCGGGGGGAUUACAGCAUUCACAUCAGCAGAAAUGUGGUCCAUGCCAGUGAUUCAGUAGAGGGGGCUCAGAGGGAGAUCCAGCUGUGGUUUCAUCGAAAGGAACUGAUGGAUUGGGACUGCUAUGACCACAAUAGCACCUACCAGCUUUGAGAAAGAGUUGAAAGGCAGAGAUUGAAAGAGAGCGUGAACAAGGUAGAAUGACCAUCAGGAACAGUGGCACCAUAACUAACUCUGUGUCCUGCUUGCAAUACUCAGCCUUCUCCAUCGUGGGAGGCUCCAAUACCCAAGAGCCCCUCGCCUACUCCUAUACAGUAAUGUAUCGUCCUCACCAUACGUUUUGGGAUUUAAGAUCAAAUGAUCCAUAUGACACAUCAUUAGUUAAUUUGAGGCUGAUUUAAUGAAUAUCCAUUUGACCAUUUAGACAUAAAAGCACUGUAUUUAGUAGUGUAGUUAUUAUUUGGUGCCAUAUCGCUUGGACCUAAUGACUUCAAGUUUGCAACUCUACAAACUCAUUGGCUGCAUUUGCAAUUUGUUUUUUUUGUGUAUUAUGGGAUGUGUUAUCUAAUAGUAACUAAAUGGUGUCUGGACUCUUUUUCUUUCUAUAUGAGCAGAGAUGUUUCUGAACCCAUCCAAAUUGUCACACCCUGAUCUGUUUCAAGUGUCUUUGUGCUUGUCUCCACCCCCCAAGUGUCUCCCCUCAUUAGCCCCUGUGUAUUUAUACCUGUGUUCUGUUUGUUGCCAGUUCGUUUUGUUUAUCAAGCCUAACAGCUUUUUCACCCUUGCUCCUGUCUUUUCUAAAGUGCCUGUUUUCUGGUUUUGACCAUUCUGCUUGCCCAGACCCGGAGCCUGCCCGCCGUCCUGUACCUUGUCCCACCACACUGGAUUACUGACCUUUGCCUGCCCCUGUUACAGUAAUAAACUUUUGUUACUUAGA